GGCAGCGGGCGGGCGGCUCGGCCGGGCUCGGCGCUGCAGGCUCCGGUCCGGGCUCCGUGUGCCAGAGCCUCCCCCAGCGCCGCCGCUCCCCGCCGGGCCGCCGCCGGGCUGCGAGGGCAAAGGCAUGCCCAGGCGGAGCAUCGCGGAGGUGAAGGUGCUGGACGUGCAGAAGCGGCGCAUCCCCAACAAGCACUAUGUGUACAUUAUCAAAGUCACCUGGUCCAAUGGGUCCACAGAAGUCAUCUACCGACGGUACAGCAAGUUCUUCGACCUGCAGAUGCAAAUGCUGGACAAGUUUCCGAUGGAAGGAGGGCAGAAGGACCCCAAGCAAAGGAUCAUCCCCUUUCUGCCAGGGAAGAUCCUCUUCCGCCGGAGUCACAUCCGUGAUGUCGCAGUCAAGCGCCUGAUACCUAUUGAUGAGUACUGCAAGGCUCUGAUCCAGCUGCCUCCCUACAUCUCCCAGUGUGAGGAGGUUCUGCAGUUCUUUGAGACCCGACCUGACGACUUGACGCCCCCAAAAGAGGAGCCCAUUGGAAAGAAGAAAUCUGGGUUUAUCCAGAGAACGACCUCUUUCCUGCAGAGAGGAGCUGACUCUGCCUCGGUCGAUCCCUUGGUGCUGGAGCAGUAUGUCGUGGUGGCCAACUACCAGAAGCAGGAGAGCUCCGAGAUCAGCUUGUGCGUGGGCCAGUUGGUGGAUAUCAUUGAGAAGAACGAAUCAGGCUGGUGGUUUGUAAGCACAUCAGAGGAGCAAGGCUGGGUGCCAGCGACCUGUCUGGAGGCCCAGGAUGGCGUCCAGGAUGAGCUCUCAAUGCAGCCCGAUGAAGUCCCAUGGAGAUACUGGUCUCUGCCCAGGCAUGUUGGCCGCCGUCGGACUCUUGGGGACUUGUACACAAGUGGAUGGGGUCAAGAGGAGAAGUACACAGUUAUCUACCCAUAUACUGCCAGAGACCAGGAUGAAAUGAACCUGGACAAAGGAGCGGUGGUGGUGGUGAUCCAGAAGAACCUGGAGGGCUGGUGGAAGAUCAGGUACCAGGGCCAAGAAGGCUGGGCUCCUGCCUCCUAUCUCAAGAAAGGGAAUGGAGAGAUGUUCUCACAGAAGCUGGGGUCUGGCUCCUCCGCUCAUUCCUGUGCCUUGGAUCUGGAUGGCAUCUCCCGGCAGCAGGCUGUCACCAGCCGAGAGAAGGAUGGGAGGUUUGACAACCGUCCCCUGCCCAACGCUGACAUCCGCCGCAAGUCACCGAAGAUGAGGCAGAGACCCCCUCCUCGCCGAGAUCUCACUAUACCACGUGGUUUGAACCUGCCUAAACCUCCUGUCCCUCCUCAAGUGGAAGAAGAAUAUUACACCAUUGCUGACUUCCAGACCACCAUCCCUGAUGGCAUCAGCUUCCAGGCAGGAAUGAAAGUAGAGGUUAUUGAGAAGAACCUGAGUGGCUGGUGGUACAUUCAGAUUGAGGAGAAGGAAGGCUGGGCCCCUGCUACGUUUAUUGAUAAAUACAAGAAAACCAGCAACGCUUCCAGGCCAAACUUCUUGGCUCCGCUGCCCAGUGAGAUGGCCCAGCUCCGGCUGGGCGAUGCCGCAGCAGAAAGCAGUGCCACAGAGGAAGCAACAGGACCAUGCAGGCCUCUGCCGGAGGCUCCUCCUAAUGGCAUGGACUGUGGUAUGAAGCGGGCCAAAGACUGGAAGGGGAAGGAGGCUACUGAGAGCGGGGACCUGGCCUUCACUUGUGGCUAUGAGGAGAUCUCAGACCGGGAUGUGGAGGAGAAGCCCAGCCUGCCACCCAGGAAGGAGUCCAUCAUUAAGUCAGAGGGUGAGUUACUAGAGAGGCAGAGGCCUCCCCCGAAGCCUCCAGGCAUGAUUUUGCCCAUGAUCCCCCCGAAGCAGUCAGCAGCCCCAAAAGACAGCAAGAAGCCGGAACUGAAACCUGAGAAGGGCAAACUCUUCCAGCUGAAGAAUGAAAUGGGGUUGGAAUGCGGACACAAGGUGUCGGCCAAGGAGGUGAAGAAGCCAAACCUCCGACCCAUUGUCAAGCCAACCAAGCCAAAAGCUGAGCCUGUGGAGGACAAGACUGAGCCGAUCACUCAGAACCCCUUCUUGAAGUCAAGACCUCAGAUCAAGCCCAAACCCGCCACAGCCCCUCGGACUGACCCUCCUCCAGCUGAUGACAAACUGGACAUUUGCAGCCUGCGGAGCAAGCUGAGGCCUGCCAAGUGCCCAGAGAAGCCCCCUGAGCAGGACACCGCUGCCAGCGAAAGCUCCUGCAGUACCCCUGCAGUUGCCCCAGAGGCUUCUGGAAGGUUUCAGGAGCGACCGAGCGUGGAGAGCAAAGCCCUUCCCAAAUCCCCCCCAGGCCCAGCUGUUGCCCCAGCUGCCCGGGAGCCCACACCGCAGCGCCCGGUUGUGCCACCCCGCCGGCCUCCACCACCCAAGAAAACAACGUCUCCCGUAGCCGGCCCUGUGCCUGAAGCCAGGGCGUCCCCCCUGCCUGGGAGGCCCAUGCUGGUUCCCCCCAAAGCCAGGCCCUUCCUGUCUGCAGCCAUCCAAGACGAAGCCAAAGUGAAAAGCAGCGUAGGCCCAAAGGUAAUAUCCAAAGCGGUGGAGAGAGGGGAAGGCAGGGAGAGGACGUCAGCCCCCUUCUCCAACCCAGAUGUCUCCAAGGAAGCUCUCUACGUGGCAGUGGCGGAUUUUGAAGGCGAUGAGGAGACCAACAGCUUUAGAGAAGGGACUUUGUUUGAAGUGCGUGAGAAGAACAGCAGCGGCUGGUGGUUCUGCAAGGUCCUGACUGGGGGGCCCUGCUGGGAGGGCUGGAUCCCUUCCAACUACCUGCGGAAGAAGCCAUAGCCUGUCCUCUGUUUACACGGUUGGAGGUUCCCUGUUCUCCCACCUGAAUAUUUAAUUAGCAUCUUAAUUUAUAGUUUUCCAUAAGGCUGGCUUUAAAAAAAUAAUAACUGAAAUCCUAUACAUUCCAGCUGAUGCCACUCUCCUAGCUGUGGGCUCCUUCCCACUGCCCUGAGCUCCUGCUCUCUCCUGGCCUGGCAGGGCAGCCCUACACAUGGGGUAUGGUGGCCAGCACAGUUCUCCAUGCUGGGAGAGCCUUGGUAGAUGGGUUUUGCCACCUGUACAGGGAAUUCAAGAAGCAGCAGCAGCCAGGGAGAGAAAUGCAGCUUGGUUUGGUAUCAGUGAAGGAAAUGUGGCCUCAUGGAUGGAUUUGUUUUUCACUGAGGCUCAGGGUCAUGUUUAUGUGGUAUUGCUUAGUCCAGGUGUGUAGCAGAGUCAUACAAGAGAUGUGGCAAAUAGGGGGGGCUGUUGCUCAGAACGGUCUGUCCCUGUAGCUCUGCAUGCAUGUGCAGGCAUGAAUGCACGCUGGAGGCACUCUGGGCUCUGCCUUGCUUUCCCCUGCACAUGCCAUGGGACAGUCCCAUGGUUCCUCCUCACGAUGACAAGUGUUAACUUUAAACAUCCUCCUGGUGGGGGGGAAAAAAAAAAAGAAA